CCGGAACCCGGACCUGCGGGCGACUAGCGUCCGGGAUCUGUAAUCAGAAGAGUGGCUGGCGUAGGGAUUACAGUUCAGAACCGCGAAACGCUUUCGGUCGUCCAGACAAAGCUGCAUGCGCAUUGCAGAGAUCCGGGUCCAUCGAUUGGCGGGUCGGCUCGAGCUCUGUCUGCGAUGGUAAUCGAGGACGAGAUCCGCGAGUUGAAGUGUCGGCAGGAGGCAUUGCUGGAAAGAGUUUCGUGCCUCUCGUUACGUUUGUGCACGAACGAGUUGGCGACAUUGGAGUCCAGGCAGACGUCGAUUCUGAGUCAGCUGUCUGCAGUGCAAGAAAGGCUCGACUCCUCUGCUUCGGGAGGGGGAAAUGUCAGGGGAGUUUCUGCUUGUGACGACGAUCAGGGGCUGGAGGCGGGAAGAGAUGGAGAAUUCAGCCACGGAAAGGGCAGUGCAUUUUCGCGUCCGGGUGGUUUUGGCUUGGGCUCCGAGCGCAAGGGGGAUAGAAGUGAGGUCGAAGAACGCUUGAGUGAAUUGCUCGGAAGUGCUGGCGCCACAUUCUCUUUUAAACGUGUGCCUUCCGAUUACUACUCUCGUUCGUAUGAGCAAAGGAGAGAUCUGCUCGGAGCUGCGUCCGUCGAUCACUUGUGCAAAAGUAUAGUAAUGGUUAACACGCAAGCCCUUGAAAGCAUAACGGAUUGCAGCGACCGGAAGAACUCAAAGUACUACUUGAUUGUCAUUCAGUAUACUGCCAGGCUGAAUGCGGAAAAAGUAAAGCAGUUCGUUUACUCGCUGAACGACGGGAAAGUACCAAAGAAGAAAUUCAACUUGAGGCUAGCGCCCGAGGAGGAAUCGAAUAAGCUGACAGGCUUCGAACACAAUGCUGUGACACCCUUUGGGAUGGUCACAGAUAUCCCUGUAAUUCUCUCGGAUGCAAUCGUCCGCCUGCAACCAGAGUAUUUCUGGCUAGGCGGAGGUGAGGUAGAUUUAAAACUAGGACUUAGAACUGAGGAUUUCAUCAGAAUACUUAGCCCUUUCAUUGUCGACUGCAUCUAUUGAUUAAAGGCGGCCUGAAAGAGAGACUUUCUCUGUCUUCUAUAACAUAGUCUGUACACACCAGAUCCAAGAGUAUUUAGAUAUCUGGCUAUAGCCUUGUGUACAUGCAAGUUCAACCAGCCGUUUGUAAAAACUUGCGCAAAAUUCCAUUCUUUGCCUCCGAGACUGCUGCGCAUGAUUCAGCAGCUCUCGAAGUCAUUCAUCUCAAUCCGUUUUGUCCAAGCUUUCACCUGCUAUUAUUAUACCCUCUGACACGUCUCUCGCACUGUGUUCUCGGAUAUCACAAAUCAACUUGGGAAGCCCGUCUUUCUCAAUACCCCACAGCAAAUUCAGGUGUGGCAAAACACUUAAAUAGGGAAGAUGUACCUUCUGUCAAAUAUUCAUGCACUUUCUAGAGCCACUGACCAAAUGUGGCCAUUUUACUUGAUGCUGACGCCAUCAUACGUACAGGUGGAUCGAGGUUGAGAUCACAAGGUAUUGCCUGUCUUAAUGAACCUUGCAUACACCUACAGCAAGGGCUGUUGGAAUAAUUGACACUCGAUUGUUU